CGCUCCUUAUCGCGUCGUCCCGUCUCGGCCACUCCUCACUAGAACCCCCCCUCGUCGUCCACGCGUCACGUCGUCAGCCUCGAUCUUGGCCGUGCAAACUUUGCACCGGUCGUAUCGCGGCCGGUGUGUGGAGCUGGCAUUGUUUUAUAAGCCGCACGUACGCGCGCUCGUCAUUUAAGCUAUCGAGAGAAAGCAGAGAGAGAGAGAGAGAGAGAGAGGCAGGCUAGGUUAGGAAGACGCAGCCAAUGGCGGGGCUUCACUUCGUGCUCGUGCCGCUACUGGCGCAGGGCCACAUAAUCCCGAUGGUGGACCUGGCGCGCCUCCUCGCCGGCCGCGGCGCGCGCGUCAGCGUGGUCACCACGCCCGUCAACGCCGCGCGCAACGGGGCCGUCGUCGAGAGCGCGCGGCGAGCGGGGCUCGACGUCGAGCUGGCGGAGGUCGCGUUCCCCGGCCCGGGGCUCGGGCUGCCAGAAGGGAUGGAGAACGUCGACAUGGUGGUGGAAAAGGAGCACUUCAUGCCAUUCUUCCAGGCCACGUGGAAGAUGGACGCGCCGCUGGAGGAGUACCUGCGGUCGCUGCCCCGGCGCCCGGACUGCGUCGUCGCCGACUCGUGCAACCCGUGGGCGGCGCGGGUGUGCGCCCGCCACGGCAUCCCGCGCCUGGUGCUGCACUGCCCGUCCGCCUACUUCCUCCUCGCCACGCACUGCCUGUCCACGCACGGCGUGUACGGCCGCGUGGCCCACGAGCUGGAGCCGUUCGAGGUGCCGGGCUUCCCGGUGCGCGCGGCCGGGAACGUGGCCACGUUCCGCGGCUUCUUCCAGUGGCCGGGGAUGGAAAGCUACGAGCGCGACGUGGCGGAGGCCGAGGCCACCGCCGACGGCCUGCUCAUCAACACGUUCCGCGGCCUCGAGGGCGUCUUCGUCGACGGCUACGCGGCGGCGCUCGGAAGGAAGACGACGACGACGUGUUGGGCCGUCGGCCCGACGUGCGCCUCCUCCUCCGGUGGCCUGGACGCGGGCGCGACGGCCGCCCGCGGCAACCGCGCCGACGUCGACGUCGGCCUCGUCCUGUCGUGGCUCGACGCCCGGCCCGCGGCGUCCGUGCUGUACGUCAGCUUCGGCAGCCUCGCGCAGCUGUCGCUGAAGCAGACCGUCGAGCUCGCCCGGGGCCUCGAGGCGUCCGGGCGGCCGUUCGUCUGGGCCAUCAAGGAGGCCAAGUCCAGCGCCGACGUGCGGGCGUGGCUGCUGGCCGAGCGGUUCGAGGAGCGCGUCCGGGACAGGGGCCUCCUCGUCCGCGGGUGGGCGCCGCAGGUGACCAUCCUCUCGCACCCCGCGGUGGGCGGCUUCUUGUCGCACUGCGGGUGGAACGCCUCGCUGGAGGCCAUCACCCACGGCGUGCCGGUGCUGACGUGGCCCAACUUCGCCGACCAGUUCUGCAGCGAGCGGCUGCUCGUCGACGUCCUCGGCGUCGGCGUCAGGUCCGGCGUCAAGCUGCCGCCCAUGAGCCUUCCCGACGAGGCCGAGGGGGUGCAGGUGACGAGCGCCGACGUGGAGAAGGCGGUGGCCGAGCUGAUGGGCGUGGGCGCCGACGGGACGGCGAGGAGGGCGAGGGCCAAGGAGCUCGCCGCAAAGGCCAAGGCAGCCAUGGAGGAAGGCGGGUCGUCGUAUGCCGACUUGGACGACAUGUUGCGCCAUGUUGCGGAGCUAAACAUGAAGAAGAGCCACGAAGAGGGCACGGGCUUCAGCACUCUGCCGGAGCUUGGAACUGGAAGCAAGAACAAUGACAACAUAGGUGCCGGGGCUGCCUUGUCAGUACAGUCCUAAGUUGCAUUGCACCAUGCGCUUGCCUUCUUGGACGAUGUUUAACACAAGUAGACCAGUGUACUUUCUCUAUGUUUUUGUACACAUAAUACAUGUAGUUAGUAUUCAUAACAACAACAACAACAACAAUAAUGAUAAUAUAUUAU